CUUUAAUGUAAGAUCAACCUUUCACCACGCCACCCCGCCAGGUGCCAGACCAGCAGAGUGUGGUCAGGGCCAGAGAAGGAUGGGUCCAGCUGUGGAGGCUCAGGCCCAGAAGGCCAUGGAUGCAGAGCAGCACCAGCACCAGCAGUGCUACAUGGAAAAAGGGGUGAUUCUUGAGCCCUUCGCACACCAAGUGGGGGGACAUUGCUGCGUUCUGCGCCUCGGGGAGCAGACCAUCUGCAAACCCCUCCUCCCCCGUGAACACUGGUUCUAUAAUAAUGUGCCUGCUGCAUUGAGGAAGUUUACCCCCGAGUACAGAGGUGUGGUGUCAGUGAGCUUCGAGGAGGAUGCAGAAGGGAACGUUUCCUUCAUUGCUUACCCCCUCCAAUGUGAUCCAGAGGCAGAUCUGGAGAACAAGAACUCCUCGGUCGACUGUGAGCCCAAAAGCGAGAUGCUCAUGGGUGGGAAAAUUAUGGACAGCAAAAAUGACAGCACAGAUGGCCAAAGCCAUUGUACAGACAAGGAUAAAGGUGUUUACAAGCUGCUGCAGGAAACCAAUGUUCUCUACUACAGCCUGGAGCACAGUCAUACUAAUGCUGUACCACAGCUCAAACACAAACCCUGGACCUCAGCAAGCCAACAGUACUACCUGAAGAAGGUGAAGGACGGAGCCAUGCAACGCAACCAAUACAAAUUCAUCCUGCUGGAGGACCUGACGUGGCGGUACACGAUGCCGUGUGUGUUGGACCUCAAGAUGGGCACACAGCAUUAUGGAAACGGAGUUACUGAGGAGAAGAAGGCAAUGAAGAAACACAAGUGCCAGCAUAGCACAUCAAACCUAAUAGGAGUCUACAUAGGUGGCAUGCAGGUGUACCAGUGUGACGCAGGCCAGCUGAUGUUCAUAAACAAGUUCCUUGGCCGCAGGCUGACCCUUCAGGACUUCAAGGAGGCUUUGUUCCAGUUCUUCCACAGCGGACGGCGUCUACAACGUGAACUCUUUGCCCCGGUGCUGCGUAGGCUCCGAGAGCUGCAAGUUGCCCUGGAAGCCUGUGACUCCUAUCACUUCUGGUCCAGCUCCCUGCUCAUCAUCUAUGAUGCAGCAUCCCAACAAAAACACACUGAGGACAGCCUUUCUAAAGAAGAAGAGGAUGAGGACAAGAAUGUGGAGGCUGAACCAGAAACGGAGGAGGAGGAUGCUGACGUGGGUGAAGGACCGGGUUCACUUGGUUUUCCCCGUAGACCCUCCAUAUCUAGCGAUGGCAGCAUCAGUGACGGGAGCUCAGAUACCAGUCAGACUCACUUGUCCCACUCACAUCCUCAUGCCCCCUUGGUGGAUGUAAGAAUCAUAGAUUUCGGCCAGUUCUCCUGCACACAUUUCCAAGAGGACAGCGUGGUGCACAAGGGCCAGGACAAUGGCUACAUGUUUGGUCUCCAGAAUCUGAUCAGCAUCAUCUCUGAGCUGGAGAAUCACAGCACAGACUGAGCACUGACAUGAUGCACACACAUCAGACACAGAUGCACAGUAACACAAUGAGAAAGAUGAGGACUGGAUUACAAAGCAGAGAGAGAUUUCUCCUCUCCCCUUUAAAAUUAUAUCUUGUUGUUGCAGGCCUUUCAUUGGUCCUGUUUCUGCCACUGGUGCUUCUCAGUAUUCCUGAUAUAUAAGUCCAUCUUUGGGAUAUGACAGAGACCUGCAUAUAACAUAGACGAACCAUCUGUGAGACUGAUGCAGUGAUUUACCCUUCAUUCUGUUUUACUGGGGUCACCCUCAGGACAAAAGGGUAGGCAGCACAAAAAGCAGUUUGAAAGUAGAAAUCUUUUCCUUAUGUCCGAUUCCAAAGACAGUUUCAGCAUUUUGCACAUACAAACACAUUUUGUUGAAGAAGCGUGUGUUGCCUCUGGAACAAGGCUGUGUAAGAGAGCAAGAGUUGAGAGGAGGGGAGGUAGUGAGCCAACACCCUCUAGUCUAUGUUCAUCUUCACUCAAAGAGACUAUAUCCAUAUUAGUAUCAGGUACAGAUGAUUUCUUUUUAAAGAAGUCUCUUAAAAUAAACUGAAUUUUCUAAAAACAUAAUGUGAAUGAAUGAUCCUGAAAAGUAAUGCAUUCACUUGAUGAAAAAAAUGGGUUGUUAUACCAGAAUUAUGGUGCUUGUUUUUCAUAAUUAACAUGAUUAGUGUCCCAAACUCAUGAGAAAAGUUUUAAUGGAAAAGAAACGGCAUCUUUUUUUAAAUUAACAAGAUUAUUAUCACAGACUAAAUUAAGAAAAUUUAAUUGAAAAAAUAGUGCUUGUUUUCCUGAAUUAAAAAAGAUUAUUACUCCAGAAUUAUGAGAAAAGGUUUCAAGAAAAAAAAGUGUCUUUAUUUAAUUAUUUGUUUUUAAUUAAUGAGAUUAUUAUAUGAGAAAAGCUUUGCUCUAGAUUCAUGAGAUUAUUAUCUCAGAAUUUCAAGGGGGAAAAUUUCUGCUUGUUUUUCUAAAUUAACAAGAUAAUCGUGUUGGUUCAGAAACAUAGCACACUUUUUUUUCAAGUGAAUGCAUUACACGUACAUAGAAUGAAAAAUACUACAUUCCAUAUUAUUAAUGUUAUAAUAAUAAUAAUAACUGAAAUUGUUAUUU